GUGUGAGUGUGUGUGAGUGAAGAGCAGGUGUGAGCCAUGUCAGUGUCAGUGAUCAUAAAGUGGGGAGGUCAGGAGUACUCUAUCAGUUCCCUGUCCGAGGAGGACACAGUGAUGGACCUGAAACAGUCCAUAAAGACUUUGACCGGCGUGCUGCCAGAAAGACAGAAGCUGCUGGGACUCAAGGUCAAAGGAAAACCUGCGGAGGAUGAGGUGAAGCUGGGCUCACUGAAGCUGAAGCCUAACACCAAGAUCAUGAUGAUGGGAACCAGAGAGGAGAGUCUGGAAGAGGUUUUAGCCCCUCCCCCAGAGAACGAUGAUGUGGUCAAUGAUUUUGAUAUUGAGGAGGAGGUCAUUGAAGUGGAGAACAGAGAGGAGAACCUCGCUAAAAUCGCCCGCAGAGUGAAAGACUAUAAAGUGGAGGAGUUGAAUCCACCCAGAGAAGGCAAGAGCCUUCUGGUAUUGGAUGUGGAUUAUACACUGUUUGAUCACAAGUCGUGUGCAGAGACGGGUCUGGAGCUGAUGAGACCAUACCUGCACGAGUUCCUGACAUCAGCUUACGAGGACUACGACAUUGUCAUUUGGUCUGCUACAAGCAUGAAGUGGAUUGAUGCCAAAAUGAAAGAGCUGGGAGUGACUGACAACCCCAACUACAAGAUUACCUUCAUGUUGGACAGUGCAGCCAUGAUCACAGUACACACUCCUAAGAGAGGGGUUGUAGAGGUGAAGCCCUUGGGUGUGAUCUGGGGGAAGUAUGGAGAGUUUUACAACAGGAAGAACACGAUCAUGUUUGACGACAUCGGACGGAACUUCCUCAUGAACCCACAGAACGGACUGAAGAUUCGACCCUUCAUGAAGGCUCACCUGAACAGAGAGAAAGACAGGGAGCUGUUCAAACUUUCGCAGUACCUCAAAGAAAUUGCCAAGCUUGACGACUUCACUGGACUCAACCACAAACACUGGGAGAGGUACUUAUCCAAGAAGCAGCAGCACCACUGAGGACGGGUGUGGACGUCAUCCUCAGCUAAGACGUGGACUGGAUGCCUCUGUCCCUUCAUCCAGUUCUCGGGCACAUACGAGUUCAUUUCAAACCUCACCUACAUUAAUCCUGCAGCGAGCGACACUCAAACGCUCAGGACGGCGACAGGCUUCCCAAUUUAUAUACAGUAUGUGCAUGUUAUCUGUGUCUCGCAGAUGGUGACGAGCCAUACAUUUUCUUUCAUAAUUGUCGUUAAAGUUAACGGCGAGCAAUCUGGUGUUCAUGAAAUUGGCAGUUUAUUGGCAUACACAUAUAUAUAUAUAUAAAAUGCUGUUGGGAGCAGUUUAACACGUAAUAUCAUGCAACAAUCCUAAAUCGGUUCAGAUCGUCGCCUAACUUUCAUCCAAACUCUUGACCUUGUCACACGUGUUGAUGGAGAACAUCUGUUGUCUGUCGUGACCUUCAUGGAAAGGUCACUGGAGUCAUAUCGGAGACACCUUUACGUGUUUUUUUGUUUUUUUUUCCUCCCGUCUCUGCUGUGAAGCUGGACGCACAAACGGAGACGUGUGUACAUGUUUUUGUUUCGUUGUUGUAGGUUUUUGUUUUUAUUCACUCUAAAUGCACUAGACUUAUGUUGUGAAGAGGUUUUGACAAAAAAAAAAAAAAAAACAUUUUGGGUGAAAUACAUUGAGGAACAAUUUAAGGAUGUGGAAUAAUAACGGGGAAGAAAACGACAGCACAAAACAUGCAUCUCGUUUGUUUUUUUUCUUCCUUUUGUAGCCUCUGAAGUUAGUGUGUCUGCUCACAGGAGAAGAGGAACAAAGAGAUGUUCCCUUUUUUCAUGAGAUCUGCCUUCUGGUGUUUUCCCUCAUCGCAUCUUUACAUCCCGGCUGUAAAUAAUGACAAUAAACCCCUUUUUUGUA